AUCUUGAAUUUACGAUUUUGGAUAGGUAAAAUCUUAAAAUCGGCCAAAAUGCUUAAUUCAGGAUUUCGGAAAGGUAAAAUCUUGAAAUCGGCCAAAAUCUUGAAUUCAGGAUAUUGGAAAGCUAAGAUCGUGACAUCGGCCAAAAUCUUGAAUUUAGGAUUUUUAAAAGCUAAAAUCUUGACAUCGGCGCAAAUCUUGAAUUUAGGAUUUUGGAAAGCUAAGAUCUUGAAUUCGGCCAAAAUCUUGAAUUCAGGAUUUUGGAAAGCUAAGAUCUUGAAAUCGGCCCAAAUCUUGAAUUCAUGAUAUUCGAAUGCUAAGAUCUUAAAAUCGGCCAAAAUCCUGAAUUUAGGAUUUUUGAAAGCUAAAAUCUUGAAAUCGCACAAAUCUUAAAUUCAGGAUUUUGGAAAGCUAAGAUCUUGAAAUCGGCCAAAAUCUUGAAUUCAUUAUUUUGGAAAGGUGAAAUCUUGAAAUCGGCCAAAAUCUUGAAUUCAGGAUUUUCGAAACGUAAAAUCCUCAAAUCGGCCAUUAUCUUGAAUUUACGAUUUUGGAAAGCUAACAUCUUAAAAUGGGCCAAAAUCUUAAGCUAAGGAUUUUUAAAAGCUGAAAUAUUGAAAUCGGCCAAAAUCUUGAAUUCAUCAUUUUGGAAAGCUAAGAUCUUGCAAUCGGUCAAAAUCUUGAAUUCAGGAUUUUGGAAAGCUUAGCUCUCAAAAUCGGCCAAAAUCUUGAAUUCAGGGUUUUGGAAAGCUAAGAUCUUGAAAUCGGCCAAUAUCUUGAAUCAAGGAUUUUGGAAAGGUAAAAUCUUGAAAUCCGCCAAAACCUUGAAUUCAGGAUUUUGGAAAGCUAAAAUCUUGAAAUGGCCCAAAGUCUUGAAUUCAUGAUAUUGGAGAGCUAAAAUCUUGAAAUCACCCAAAUCUUGAAUUCAGGAUUUUGGAAAGCUAAGAUCUUGAAUUCGGCCAAAAUCUUGAAUUCAGGAUUUUGGAAAGCUAAAAUGUUGAAAGCGGCCAACAUCCUGAAUUCUUGAUUUUGGAAAGCUUAAAUCUCGAAAUCGGCCAAAAUCUUGAGUUCAGGAUUUUGGAAAGCUAAGAUCUUGUAAUUAGCUAAAAUCUUGAAUUCACGAUUUUGUAAAGCUCAGCUCUUAAAAUCGGCCAAGAUCUUGAAUUCAGGAUUUUGAAAAACUAAGAUCUUGAAAUCGGCUAAAAUCUUCAAUUUACGAUUUUGAAAAGGUAAAAUCUUAAAAUCGGCCAAAAUGCUUAAUUCAGGAUUUCGGAAAGGUAAAAUCUUGAAAUCGCACAAAUUAUGAAUUCAGGAUUUUGGAAAGCCAAGAUCUUGAAUUCGGCUAAAAUCUUGAAUUCAGGAUUUUGGAAAGCUAAGAUCUUGAAAUCGGCCCAAAUCUUGAAUUCAUGAUUUUCGAAUGCUAAGAUCUUAAAAUCGGCCAAAAUCCUCAAUUUAGGAUUUUUGAAAGCUAAAGUCUUGAAAUCGCAAAAAUCUUAAAUUCAGGAUUUUGGAAAGCUAAGAUCUUGAAAUCGGCCCAAAUCUUGAAUUCAUGAUUUUCGAAUGCUAAGAUCUUAAAAUCGGCCAAAAUCCUCAAUUUAGGAUUUUUGAAAGCUAAAGUCUUGAAAUCGCAAAAAUCUUAAAUUCAGGAUUUUGGAAAGCUAAGAUCUUGAAAUCGGCCAAAAUCUAGAAUUCAGCAUUUUGGAAAGGUGAAAUCUUGAAAUCGGCCAAAAUCUUGAAUUCAGGAUUUUGGAAAGCUAAAAUGUUGAAAGCGGCCAACAUCCUGAAUUAUUGAUUUUGGAAAGCUUAAAUCUCGAAAUCGGCCAAAAUCUUGAAUUCAUGAUUUUCGAAUGCUAAGAUCUUAAAAUCGGCCAAAAUCCUUAAUUUAGGAUUUUUGAAAGCUAAAAUCUUGAAAUCGCACAAAUCUUAAAUUCAGGAUUUUGGAAAGCAAAGAUCUUGAAAUCGGCCAAAAUCUUGAAUUCAGCAUUUUGGAAAGGUGAAAUCUUGAAAUCGGCCAAAAUCUUGAAUUCAAGAUUUUCCAAACGUAAAAUCCUCAAAUCGGCCAUAAUCUUGAAUUUACGAUUUUGGAAAGCUAACAUCUUGAAAUGGGCCAAAAUCUUAAACUAAGGAUUUUUAAAAGCUAAAAUAUUGAAAUCGGCCUGAAUCUGAAAUUCAGGAUUUUGGAAAACUAAGAUCUUGACAUCGUCUAAAAUCUUGAAUUUAGUUUUCUGGACAGGUAAAAUGUUGAAAUCUGCCAAAAUUUUGAAUACAGGAUUUUUGAAAGCUAAGAUCUUGAAAUCGGCCAAAAUCUUCAAUUCAUCAUUUUGGAAAGCUAAGAUCUUGCAAUCGGUCAAAAUCUUGAAUUCAGGAUUUUGGAAAAGUAACAUCUUGAAAUCGGCCCAAAUCUUGAAUUCAGGAUUCUCGAAUGCUAAGAUCUUGAAAUCCGCCGAAAUCAUGAAUUGA